CAGGAGCUCGACGAACUCAACAUCGAGUGUCGGCAGUCGCUCCAGGACCUGUCGCAGGCGCAGAAGCAGUUCGAGCGGCUCAAGCGCCUGCACAAGAAGCACGUGAGCAUUAAGGAGAUGGCGGAGGAGGCGCUGCCGCCGCUUCGGGAGCAGAAGGACGACCUGGUGAAGGAGGUCAAGAUGCAGGAGGACGAGCUCAAGCGGCAGAAGAGGCUGCUCGAGGACAUCCAGGGCGAGGUGGACCUCUUCAUAGGAGCGUACCUGAAGCAGGAGUCCCUGGAGAAGGAGAAGAAGGACGAGUACGACGAAAUCACCCGCUCCAUGGAUGACAUGCAGAGGGAGCUGAAGGAUAUGAAGGACGACGAGCAGAAGAGAGAAGCGGACUUUAAGACGCUGGCCGCCAUCCGGGAGAAGCUCGCGCGCGACGCGUCGGUCGCACACCGCCUCUGCCGCGAGACGGGCGACGAGGUUGCAAUGAAGGCGCUGGAGGAGCUCGACCUCCGGAAGAAAUACCAGGAGAUCAGCCAGAAGCAAAAGGAGUUUUGUACCAUGUAUGAGGUGGUCAAGAACGAGAGGAACAAGUACAUGACACAGAUCCAGAAGUCCUCGCAGCACCUCUCGGAGAUGAAGGAGAAGCUGAAGAUCCUGCAGAACGAGGU